GGAGGAUCAAACUCCUCAGCCCAGCCCGUAGCCUUGACGUAUAUAAGUUGCUGGGGGCCCAAGACGUUUCGUCAUGUACUUUGCAACACAAGUAAAGAUUCCAAUAGCAUCACGUCCAGAACACCAUGUCUCUCCAAACCAAUCUUUUCAUCAACAACGAGUACGUCCCGUCGUCGUCUGGCGAGACGUUGACGAUCUACAGUCCAAACGAUGACUCAGUCGUCACCGACAAGGUCCAAAUCGCGUCCGAAGCAGACGUUGACCGUGCUGUUGCCGCAGCCAAGAAGGCCUUCCCGAGCUGGUCAGCAACACCAGGGGUGCAACGAGCCAAAUUGAUGCUGAAGUUUGCCGAUCUGCUCGAAGCCAAUGCCGAGAAAUUGGGCAAACUCGAAAGCAUGUGCAUGGGUCAACCGAUCACACUGGCCAAGGGCUUCGUCGCUGGAGCAUGUGCCACCUGGCGGUACUAUGCCGGGCUGGCUGGCAAGGUCGCCGGCGAGUCUUACCCUCCUGAAGGCGAUGGCUCGUACAAGAUCGUUUCCUACGAGCCAUUGGGUGUAUGCGCCGGCAUCUCCGCGUGGAACGGCACGCAUGUCCUAGCUGCGUGGAAGAUGGCCCCUGCCCUUGCCGCUGGGAACACGUUUGUUUUCAAGUCAUCGGAGAAAUCACCACUCGGUGCCGCUGCGUACGGCGACUUGAUCAAAGAAGCCGGAUUCCCGCCUGGAGUGAUCAACAUCGUCACCGGCGCUGCUCCUACCGGUGCCGUACUGGCAUCACACAUGGAAAUUGCAAAGAUUGCCUUCACUGGGUCGGCUGCUGGCGGCAGGGCUGUGCAGAUUGCGGCGGCUAAAUCAAACAUGAAGCAUGUGUCUCUUGAACUAGGAGGAAAGUCACCAGCGUUGAUAUUUGAUGAUGCCAAUCUCGACAACGCCGUGUUACACAACGCCACUGGUUUCCUACGGAACUCUGGGCAGGUGUGCUUUGCAUCUUCGAGGGUUCUCGUACAGGAAGGCAUCGCCCCCAAGUUCAUCGAGGCUGUCAAAAAGGCCUUUGACGACGCCGCGAAGAAGAUGGGUGAUCCGUCACUGGCCGACACUGCGUUUGGUCCCUUGGCCGACAAGAAGCAAUUCGAGAGGGUCAUGGGAUUUUUGACCGACGGCAAGAAUGAAGGGAUCCAAAUCGUGAGCGGUGGAGGCCGCAUGGGAGACAAAGGAACAUUCGUCCAGCCCACAGUCCUCCUAAACCCGGACGUCAAGAGUCGUGUGUUUACGGAUGAAAUCUUUGGGCCAGUCAUUGCCGUCAGAACUUUCAAGACGGAGGAAGAAGCCAUUGCUAUCGCCAACGACACCACCUAUGGUCUCGGAUCCUCCGUCUUCACUUCCGACAUCCCUCGAGCGUUGCGAGUGGCAUCAAAGAUCGAGGCGGGCAACGUCGGUGUCAACCAGGCAUACAAGACGUCUCCACAGACCCCCUUUGGCGGUGUCAAGCAAAGUGGUUACGGCCGCGAGGGUGGUUACGAAGGUCUGAGGGGUUACUUGCACGCAAAGACAAUCACCAUCAACAUGGAGGUUCCUUCGACGUAGGCCAAAACAACUUCCACGAAACCACGGAGGCGAGCGAGAAUCUUGUCGGAGGGCAAAAUAUGUGUCGCUCUUGUUUUACGAUGGACAUCGACAAAGGUCACGUACGUACACACUGGUACCAUGUACCACACCGUAGAGUAUUUGUGUACUGGUAGUGGCAGCGACGACUUCCUCUGCUUGACGCCUUCAAGAAAGCUGAAACUCGACCGCGGAGGAGGAGGAGAAGAAAGAGAGUGAAAACUACCUACAAGAAUCUAUUUACCUCACGUUUGCGGAGCG